AACCCAGCUUGUCCUCCUCUGAUAAGUUCACGCGCGGCGCAGAACUUUCUUCUAGUUAUUUUCUCACAGAGCAAGCGACCAGACAGCAACAAUGACAGGUGUGGUGGUUCAGAACAUGUCCUUUAAGGUGGGCCAAACCUUAACCAUCACCGGCGUGCCCAAACCCAAUUCAACCAACUUUGCCAUCAACAUCGGCACCAGUAAGGAUGAGCUGGCCCUGCACAUGAAUGCGCGCUUCAACGCCCACGGGGACGAGCGCGUAGUGGUCUGCAACUCCUACCAGGGGGGCAAGUGGUGUCAGGAGCACAGGGAAGGAGGAUUCCCAUUCAACGAGGGAGAGGAGUUCAAGAUCAAAAUGACCUUCACCGCUGCAGAGUUUGAGAUCACUCUGUCGGACGGGAGUCAGAUCCACUUCCCCAACCGCGUGGGUGCAGAGAAGUUCAGAUACAUCCACUUUGAGGGGGACGCCAGAAUUAAAGGGGUCGAAAUCGUGUAGAUCAUCUUCGUUGUAGAAGCAGCUUUAAAUUGUGUUUUGUUCAAUAAUGACCGAUUCAACAGCUAUACUGAUUGUUCUCCCUAGUUCACCUUCUCAGUAUCAGUUGUCUCACAUACUGUAACAUCACAAUGGCCUAACCAAUGCCUUAAAAACCUAACUCACCCAAGUAGCUUCAGCUCAGUUUACUUUUUGAGGAACUCAGUGAGAUACCCGUCAACACCACCAGGGGAGCCAGAGACUAAAACAUUACAUCAGUCCAUGCAGUCCCUCGACAUUAUUGCACAAAAUAGUAAGGUCAAAAUGUAGGAGAGGUAGUAAUAGACUAAUUAAUAUCCUGUCUGUUAAGAGCUUUUCUUGCAUAAAAUCAUUCCACAGCGUUGACCAAUUUCAAUCUUUUUUUUUAACAAAUUGCAUCUGCAAUAAAAAACAAACAUCAAUUAAA